AUGAAGUUCUAAACUAUCUUUUAUCUAUUUUUGAUAUUAUUAGGUGGAGCCUAAGCCGCCAAUACCUUAAUAAAUUCUGGAUUGACUGAUGCCCAAAGAUAAAUUUUACUUGACACUCACAACAUAGUAAGAAAUAAAAUUGCAGGGGGAGAGGAUAAAUCAUAACCUUAGGCUGCUAACAUGAUGGCCAUGAAUUGGAGUAUUUCCUUAGAAGCAGCAGCUUAGGCUUGGGCUAAUAAUUUGAGCUAAGUUAUGGUUCACUCAGAUGACAAGGAUUAUGGUGAAAAUUUAGCUGAAAGUGGAUGGACUACUCAAAGUGACUAUGAUCCUGCUUCUCAAGUUAUAAUGUGGUUUUAUGAAUAUAAGGAUCCUUCCUGGUAAACUAGCUAUAUAAGUGCUUAUUAAUAUAGUUGUUCCUAUGGUCAUUAUUCUCAAGUUGUUUGGGCUAAAUCUAAUAGUUUAGGUUGUGGUCAUUCUUAUUUCUUUGAUGGUACAUAUUACUAACAUUAUACUGUAUGUUAAUAUGAGGCAUCAGGAAAUUAUUUAGGAUAGCCAGUUUAUGUUUAAGGAACUCCUUGCUCUUAAUGUGGGUCUUAAUAAUGCAACACAAAAUAUACUUCAUUAUGUGGUGUUACAAAUGCUGUAAAUACGAGCUCAAAUCCUUCUUCUACUUCUUCUACUACUUCUACUGCUUCUACUGCUUCUAAAAGCUAACUUCUCUCUUUUGCAUAGUUUGUAUCAAUUGUACUCCUUUUAACUUAUUUAAUGUAUUGA